UAGUCAGUCUUAGGUACCAUUUCUUAACGAACUAAUUCUACAUCUUCCGUUAUGUGGACCCGGUACGCAUUAGUGUUGUUCGCGUUGAUGGGCGUGGCCUACUGCUAUCCUGAAGGUCGCGUCGUCAAUGGUACAUCGACAUCCAUUGAAAAAUAUCCGUUUAUGGUAUCACUACGCGGUUCGACUGGUUCCCACUCAUGCGGUGCAACCAUCAUAGCGCCACGUUGGAUACUCACCGCAGCACAUUGUGUUUACGGCGGCAAACCCACAUCCGUUAGCAUACAAUACGCGUCGACAGUGAUCAGUUCCCAAGGCGCCAAUGUGGCGAAAGUGAAACGCCUCAUUUGGCACGAGAACUAUUCGAGUUAUUACAUCACGAAUGACGUCGCAUUGUUGGAGCUCUUCGGUCAGUUGGUGUUCAAUUAUAAUACCAUUGCACCGGUUACAUUGCCAGCACAGGACUAUGAGAUACCACAGGUUGAAGAGGGCGUGCGCGGUGUUUUGGCCGGUUGGGGUUUGAAUGGCACUGGCGGCUCCAUCCAAACAACUUUGCAAGAAGUUGGUCUGAAGAUCUACUCCGACGAAGAGUGUAUCGCACGCCAUAACAACGAGACAACUGUUCACAAUAUUUGCGGUGGCGUCGAUGAAGGUUGGAAGGGUCAAUGCAGUGGCGAUUCCGGCGGUCCCCUGCUCUCUGAGGACAACGUUCAAUUGGGCAUUGUGUCUUGGAGUAUCAAGCCAUGUACAGUACCACCAUAUCCAGGUGUAUACACAAAGGUUUCUCAUUACGUUGAUUGGAUUAGGGAGAACUGUGAAUCAUGUAUUUGAAAUAUUUUACUGUUGGCCAAUCCGAAUAAAAACUUUCUGAUUAGUUUUUGAAAAAA